AUGGUCGUUCUCGCAGCUUCGAUAUGUACUCGCGGAGGCAAAGCGGUUCUCUCACGUCAAUUUCGUGAGAUUGCUCGUUCCAGAAUUGAGGCCCUCCUGGCCUCGUUCCCCAAGCUGGCCGAUUCAGGGACUCAACACACAACUGUCGAGCAAGACAACGUGCGCUUCGUCUACCAGCCAUUGGAUGAGCUCUACAUUGUUCUGAUCACCAACCGCCAAUCCAACAUCCUUCAAGAUAUCGACAGCCUUCAUCUCUUUGCCCAGGUGACCACCAGCAUCUGCAAGAGCCUCGACGAGCGAGAGAUCACGCGCAAUGCAUUCGAGUUGCUAAGCGCAUUUGAUGAGCUGGUGACACUGGGUUACCGGGAGAACCUAUCAUUGUCUCAGAUCAAGACCUUCCUUGAGAUGGAGAGUCACGAGGAGAGAAUCCAAGAAAUUAUUGAACGGAACAAAGAGUUGGAGGCCAGCGAGGAGCGAAAGCGCAAAGCAAAGCAACUGGAGAUGCAGCGCAAGGAAGCUGCUCGCUCAGGCCGCAGUGCCGCUCCACGAGCUCCUUCCUACCCCGUCUACACACCCCCCGCCCGCCCAUCAGUGCCGGAUACAUACGAUUCCUAUGAAGCUGAGAAGAAGAAGACUUUUUCCAAGCCUCUUGUUACCCGCGGAAAGGGUAUGCAGCUCGGCAAGAAGUCCAAGGCAACUGAUAUCUAUGAGAAGGUCCGCGGCGACUUGGGUCCCGAAGCCGAAGAAGAGAGCCCUCUGGUUACCCCUCAAAUCUCCACUCCUGUUCAAGAACCUGUCUCUGCUCGCGAAUCCCUCACAGCCGACCGUGAGCCCAUCCAUGUGACCAUUGCCGAGACAAUCUCAGCAACUCUCACCCGCGAAGGUGCCCUCAAGUCAUUUGAAGUAAAGGGUGAUCUUCAGCUUCGCAUAUCCGACCCAUCCCUCACAAAACUCCGUCUCGAUCUGCAGGCAACCCCAACCCACGGCGCCCAAUUCAGGACUCACCCGAAUGUAGACAAGGCCCUCUUUACUAGCACAUCUGCGAUCCAGCUGAAAGACACCUCCAAGCGAUUCCCCACAAACAACGCAAUUGGUGUCCUGCGGUGGCGUGUGGCUAGCUCGGCUGACAAUGCCGAUAUUUUGCCUAUCACAUUUACCGUAUGGGUGAACAAGGGCUCUGACUCUACCACCGUCACAGUCGAGUAUGAGCUUAAUGGCAGCGAUAGCCUGCGCGACGUUGUUGUCACCAUUCCUUACGGUGCUACGGAACCUUCUGUGUCCAGUUUCGACGCGGUCUACGAAGUUUCGGGUGAUAGCCUUGACUGGAACCUUGGUGCUGUUGACGAAUCGAACUCUUCUGGCAGCUUUGAGUUUGAGACUACCGAUGGUGACGAGGAUCAGUUUUUCCCAAUGAGCGUUAGAUUCACCAAGACACAGCCGUUUGUGGAUGUCGAUGUUACCGAAGUUUCCUUGUUGGAGGCGGAGGGUGAGAGCUCUGGCUUCUCAAAGGACAUUCGGAGCGUUGCUGAGAACUUCCUGAUUGAGUAA